AUGUUCAAGAAGAAGGUCCCCAAGCCCUCGAGACCGGACGGGGUUGCCCCCGGCAAGACUGGUGGAGAUGGUGCCCCGCCCGGCCCCCCCGGCGGCAUCCCGCCCCACCUGCGGCCGCAGGAAGCGAAGAAGGGCGCGCCGCCGCCCGGCGCGCCGCCGGCCAACGCCAUUAAGCCCGGCCAGAAAAAGGCCAAGCCGCCCGUCGACCGGACGAGCCAUCUCGAGAUCUACUCGACGACGAAGAAGGCCAAGGCCGAGGCGAAAGGGAGUCCCGAGGAGGCCGCCGAGGCCAAAAGUGGGGGAAGAUCCUGGUUCGGGGGCAAGAAGAAGGACAAGGGCCGGCCCCCACCCAAAGGGUUGUCGAAGCCGCCGGGCGCGCCGCCCCUCGAUAGAAAAGAUAGCGAGGGCAAGCCCGUUCCUGUGAGUGCGGCAGCGAGAGCCGAGGCCAAGGCGUCUCGAAGCGAGCCCGUCGUCGUGAAGGAGCCCGAGCCGGAACCGGUCUAUGCGCCGCCGCCGGAAGACGAAUACAUAGCGCCGCCCAAGAAGCAGGACAAGCGGAAGAAAUUUAAAUUAGAGAAGCCCGCACCCGCCCAAAUAGAGGAGCAGAGCGUCCAGUCGAGCGUCCAGGGACAACAACUCACGAGGGCGGAACCGCCCCCGGACCAAUCAUUUAAAAGACAAACACCUCCGUAUCGACCGCCGCCCGGCGCGCCGCCGGGCAAAGCGCCGCCUCGCGGUGCGGAUGGCCAUUCGCAGCCGCCGCCGGGCUGGCGACCGCCCAGGGAGCAAGAAGAGUUUGAAAAGCAGGAGGCGAAGCAACAACAAAUGCUCGAGCUGGUCAAGGGCGCCCCGAAGGGGCGGCGGCCGCCCGGCGCGCCGCCUCCAAUAAGAGCGGCGCCGCCCACGUCAAAAGACCACCCGGUAGCUGCGGGUAAAAGACCGACGAGACCGGAGCAGCCCCACGAGGAUCUAGCACUUGUCAGUUCUGAUGACGAGGACCCCGGCGCGCCCGACGAGUACGAGGAAGCGCGAGAUGAAGGUGUUGUCGCGCCGCGGGACAAACCCCCGGCUGGGGGCGUACCACCACCCCCGAGAGAAGCUCCUCCUGUGACGGGAGUGCCACCCCCACCAGCCGACGUUCCGGUCGCGCACUUGGCCGGCGCCAGCGCACCUGAAGCCGACAUCGACGCCCAUCUGAAGCGAACGGUGAAAGCGGGACGGUUACGAAUACGCUGUGUAGAAGCACACAACGUGCACAGGCGAGGCAGUGCACCGACCAAGACGAAGAUCGACGCGUUCAUGCGGUUCACGCUCGGGAGGCACAAGAAAGCCCCGAGAAAAAAGACGAAGAUCUAUCGACGGAGUAACCACCACCCCAUCUUCGACGACGAGGAGAUCCGCUUUGAUUUAGUCGAUCCGUCGGACUACGUGGCGAACGGCGACAUUGACCUCACUCUAGAAUUGUUCGACCAGAACGCGUGGGCCGACGAGCUCAUUUGUGCGGGCAACAUUUCAAUACUAAGAUAUAUGGUCGAGGCGGGAGGCGUCGUCGAGACCGUAUCCCUAAAGGUUCCUGGGGAAGAUCGCGCGGACACGACCUUUACUGGAGAAUUUACGUUCGAACCGGCAGUCGUCGGCACUUGCGUCUUUACCCUGUAUGAAGGCCGAAACCUAGCGAACAUGGAUUCCGUGGGCAAGCAGGACCCCUACGUGAAACUCACGCUAGGCGACACGACGAAACAGUCGAAAACUUGUGAAGAUGGCGGCACGGAUCCCUAUUUUGAAGAGGAGGAGCUCGUGCUGUGGAUCGACGACACGGCCUGGACCGAGGACUUAUUGGUGCAGGUCUACGACGAAGAUGUGGGGCUGGAUGAUCUCAUUGGCCAGUCCCAUGUGCCUCUGUUGCCCUACAUGGCGGUGCCGCCGCAACACGCCAAGGAACAAGUUUUCGAGCUGUUUAACAAAGUCGACGCGAAGAAACACCGCGGGGAGUUACUGAUGAAAUUGCAAUUCCUACCAGCUGGUAAAUUGACGAUCAGAUGUCUCAGCGCGAAGGGUUUGAGGAAUCGAGACACCUUGGGAAGGCAGGACCCCUACGUCAUCUUCACGACGUCGGGGGAAUGCCACCGCAUCCAGGAACGAACGCAUGUCGACCAGGACGGCGGCACGGAGCCGACGUGGGACUGCGACGUCGAGAUGAGGGUCGUCGACCACCACGAGCUCUGGAUCGAGUGCUACGACCACGACGCGAUCGGGUCGGACGACCUCAUCGGGAAGUGCAAACUGUCGUUAUUGCCCGUAUUUAAAAGAGGUUUAAUUGAUACCUGGGUGACGAUCAAGGAGGAGACGGAGUGGGGCAAGCCGAAGCCCGCCGGCGACAUCCACCUCAUAUUUGAAUUUGAGGCGCCGCCGGGCAUUCGGUAUCCCCAGCACGCCCCGGGCAUCGACUCCUUCGACGAGAAGGACCGUAUUAGCAAGUUAGCUGAGGAGUUGAAGGCGAAACAAAUUGCCGAGCUCGAUGCGGGCCGCAAGGAUAAAGCCGAAUUAGCCGAUCAAAUCUUGGAUCGCCAACGAGCCGCGAAACGCGUACGCACGACGGAGUUCACGGACGGAGAGAUCGAAGCAGCGUUCAAGUUUAUAGAUUUGGACCAUAAUGGGUAUGUGGGAGCCGCGGAAAUAAGGCAUGUACUCGUAUGUAUGGGCGAACUCAUCACGGACGAGGAGGUGGACAUGAUGAUCAAGAUGGUCGACUCCGACGGCGACGGCCAAGUUUCGUUUACGGAGUUCUAUAAUGUGGUCACGGACCCCGACCCGGCGCACACGGACUUCGUGAAGAUGGCGGCCCAGGAGGAAGAAGAUCCGGCGCAAUCGGGCGACCCGGGCCAGAUGGACGCCAAGGCCCACGAGCGCCACAAGGAGAUUACUCUCAGAAAUAAGAAGCGCGAGAUGAUGGAGGCGUUUACCGUUUUUUGUCAGUGUGGCAAACUUCAAGCUGUGCUUCAAUUUGACGCGUGUCGCGGUUCGCGUGAGGUGUUGCUCUCUGAAUAUGGAUCUCUUGGAGAUCGUGUCCGAGUUUGGGCCGCUCCGAGGGCCGCGGAGUACUCACCGGUCGAUGUCCCCACAGGUCGAGAACGGCGUCGGCCCCGCGGAGGUGCUGCACUGCUACUCGAAGUUCCUGCAACUCCCGCAAGAACGGAGGGUGGACUGCAAGGUCGACUUCGAGACGUACUGCGAGAUUCUGAGUAUAGAACCGACGGGCGAGACGCACAUGUUGUUUUCGCUCUUUGACGAGGGCGGCGACGGCGACGUGGACAUGAAGGAGUUCUUGCUGGGCAUGUGCAACUUCACGGCCAUGGACACGACGGAGCGCAUCGACAUGAUCUUCGAUCUUUUUGAUGAAGACAAGUCGGGCUUCUUAUCCACCAAUGAAUUGAUUAAAAUACUGCAGGCGAACCACAUGCAGUCGUCGGGAUCGGUCAAGAAGAAGGCCGAGACGAUCAUCCAGCAGGCCGACAAAGAUAACAGUGGGACGCUAUCUCGCUCCGAAUUUGAUAUUGUGGCGCAGAAGUUCCCCUCGGUCUUAUUUCCGAAGCUGCGGAAGGAGGACAAGGAGGCGGCACAAACGCGGAACAUCCAGAUGACGGGGAAGACCGAGCUUGCCUUGCCUGCCGGCUGAGUAAUGUUUAUGAAAACUAA